GUACCCCUAUACCAACGCCCUCUUUCUACCCCUUCUUUAUCCCUCCCUCUCUUUUCUUGAUCAUUUUCUUUAUUUUCUUUUACAGAUUAACGAACAAGAACACGUAGUACUUGAUUGUAAAGUUGUGAAGGGAGACAGAGCAAACCAAGCCAUGGCAACCUCAUCGAACCCAGCUCGUAUCAUGUUGUGGAGCACGCCGCGAUCGGUGUCGACUGCGUUCGCGAGAUCAAUGACGGCUCGAGGAGACACCGAAAUGUUUUGGGAACCGUAUCUGGCUUGCUACUCAUUCGGUCCAGAUAGGGAGAUUCACUGGGGGGAUGACUUGCCUAAUAUGCUGAAUGACAAGUACACAUACAGUUACAUCAAGGAACUUCUGAACGCUGACUAUCCUGGAGCAAAAGUUCUUUUUGUCAAAGGUAUGGUAGAAGGCAUCCGAGGUCAUUUUGACGUCGUCGAGCGCACUUACAAGCAUUCAUUCCUCAUCCGCCAUCCUAAGAAGUCAUUCCGUUCUCUUGCUCGCUUAGAAAGCGAUCUCAAUCCUUUAACGUCCGACUUCAAUCUCCGCACGUUCAAGGAAAUCUAUCACGAUUUAGAGAGGUUCUAUCAUCACGUCGAGACGGAAUUCGGUCAGUCAGCGCCUACGAUCAUUGACGCAGAUGACCUUGUGACGCAACCGGAGAAGAUCUUGCCGAAAUACUGCGAAGCUAUGGGUAUCGACUUCAAACCUAAGAUGCUAAAUUGGGAGAGCGUCAACGCCGAUCAACUGAACUGGCACUGUACAGACGUAGGGGAUAUCGCCAAUUCGUCUGUGAAAGAUAGCAUUGUCCUAUCAAAUGCCCUAAAAGGCAGUGGGUUUGGCAAAGCUCCAGAUCCGACCAAAGAAUCUUCGUCUACGGCGUUGGUUAAACAGUGCGCAGAGCAUGCAUUACCCGCCUAUGAAAGAUUGUAUGCUCUGCGUAUUCGACCAUAAUCAUCAACACUUACAAUACGAGUUUUACACGAGGCGUCGAUCAGCGCUGCGUCAGAGAGUGGUGCGGCCUUUGACACGUCAUGUUUGUGUGAUGGGGUGUACAAAGUGAAUGUAAAAUGAGCACACUAAACAUUGCGUUGAAUUACAGUCGCAUGCGUUAGUUAAUUGCCUGCAUAGGGUUGAUUGGAGUUGGUAAUAGGGACUUUAAGAUUUGCACGACGGAGAACGUGGACU